AUGAAUCGCAUCCAGCAGAUCAAGUUCCCAAUCCGUCUUCGAAGAUCAGCGCAAAAAAAGCAGAUUCCAAACACGGUCAAGCAGGGAUUUUUCUCUAUCGAGAAGACAAGCUCUGCUAAUGAAAGAAAACCAGAUCCACCAAAGAUUGGAACCCACAGUAAAUCAGAAAUCGCAAGAGAACCGAGGAAAGGAGAAGUUGCCAAAAAAAGAAAACAUCAAGACAACAAUACUCCAAUCGGAGGUGCCACUAGCGAAGUCAUCAAACGUAAACGCGGAAAUCAUACUCCCUGCAUCCGAAUAGUUCUACGCCAUGGAAACAUACAAAUAUGCAAACAUAAACAUAAAAAGAGUCAGUUCAAAGAUGUGAGUAAAGCCCCCGGAGAGAAAGUCAGAUUCGAGGUGCCACCAGAAAAACAGCAAGCUUCGGUUCCAUUGUCGUCUGUAGAGUCCAGUCGGUCCUCGAGUGAAGUAGCGGCGGGAACAGAGCUCGUCUCCCGAUUGCAUUCUCGUCAAGCGCCAUCGCCGUAUCCAACGCCCGGUCAAGCCCCAUCGCCUUAUCCGACAUCCACUACUACUACUACUGCUACAACUAACUCACGGACGAAAGCACCUCCCAUGCACACAAUAAGCGAAAGUGAAGAUGAAGAGGACAACGAAAGUGACAGCAGUGACGAAUCGGAAGUCGAGAGCAGCAACUCAGAAAAAAGCACCGAUGAAGAGAACGACAGCGUCGCAGAGGGAGAUUCCGAGAGCGAAUCCGGUGAGGAAGAGAGGCUCGAACGUGGCGUCAAAGCUUAG